GUUAUAAUAAGUCUUUCUUGUCCUCAACAAAUCAAACCUCUCCAACGACUAAUUCUAACAACUCAUUCAUCGUCUCGUCUCCCAGGAUAAGACGACGACGUCGCGCCAAAAAACGGCCGGCCAGAUCUAUCCAUUCCACCCGGUUCAAAUCCUAUCUUCAAUAUGCGAAACCCUGAUUUCAUUCUGUCACACCAUCACUAUUACUGACUGACCGGUUGUUGUACCAUAUUUUUUUUAAUAAAAACACACACACACACACGCAUAGUAUACAGAAUAAUAAUAAUAAUAAUAAUUAAUGGCGAGAACCAGAUCCUCUUCGUCAAUCCGGUGGAGAUACUUGAACCCGGUUUAUUACUUGAAGCGGCCCACACGUCUUGCACUGCUUUUUAUCGCCUUCGUCUUCGUCUCGUUCAUUGUGUGGGAUCGUCAGACGCUUGUGCGUGAACAUGAGGAAGAGAUCUUAAUGUUGAAAGAAGAAGUGGAACAUUUGCAAAUUGAGCUAGAAGAGUUAAAGCAUGACGGUGACGUUUCAGUCAAAAAGUUAAAUACUAGAACCAAAAGAGCUGAUAUAACUAAGACAGAUGAUCUUUCCACCGAUCCCAUCGAAGCUCAGAGACGAGAAAAAGUCAAAGACGCUAUGCUUCAUGCAUGGACCUCAUAUGAAAAAUACGCUUGGGGCCAUGAUGAGCUUCAGCCCCAAUCAAAGAACGGUGUGGAUAGCUUUGGUGGACUUGGUGCAACUUUAAUCGACUCUCUUGAUACUUUGUAUAUAAUGGGCCUGGACGAGCAGUUUCAAAGGGCUAAAGAGUGGGUGGCAAACUCGUUGGACUUCAACAAAAGCUAUGAUGCCAGCGUGUUUGAGACGACCAUAAGGGUUGUUGGUGGGCUUCUGAGUGCAUAUGAUUUAUCCGGAGAUAACGUCUUUCUUGAAAAAGCGAAAGACAUAGCCGAUAGGCUGCUGCCAGCAUGGAAUACACCUUCUGGUAUCCCUUACAAUUUUAUCAAUUUGGUUCAUGGUAAUGCGCAUAACCCUGGUUGGACAGGGGGUGAUAGUAUUCUGGCGGAUUCUGGGACAGAGCAACUUGAGUUUAUCGCACUAACACAAAGGACCGGCGAUCCAAAGUAUCAAAUGACGGUAGAGAACGUUAUUUUGGUGUUAAACAAGACGUUUCCUGCUGACGGAUUGCUCCCAAUUUAUAUAAAUCCCCAUAGAGGAACGGCAUCGCAUUCUACCAUUACUUUUGGGGCCAUGGGGGACAGUUUUUAUGAGUAUUUACUUAAAGUUUGGAUACAAGGAAACAAAACUUCAGUGGUAAAACAUUAUAGAGAAAUGUGGGAAACAUCAAUGACAGGUUUAUUGAGCUUGGUCCGUAAGACUGCACCGUCAUCUUUUACGUAUAUUUCUGAAAAAAUAGGAAAUUCUUUGAUUGACAAGAUGGAUGAGUUAGCGUGCUUUGCACCAGGAAUGAUAGCGUUAGGAUCAUCUGGUUACGAUCCUGAUGAGUCCUCGAAAUUCUUAAAUUUGGCAGAAGAGCUGGCUUUUACAUGCUAUAACUUUUAUCAGUCUACACCGACAAAGUUGGCUGGAGAAAAUUAUUUCUUCCAUUCGGGGCAGGACAUGACUGUGGGUACAUCAUGGAACAUACUGAGGCCAGAGACAGUAGAGUCGCUCUUUUAUCUCUGGCGUUUAACCGGUAACAAAACAUAUCAAGAAUGGGGAUGGAACAUAUUUCUAGCAUUCGAAGAGAAUUCCCGUGUAGACUCAGGAUAUGUGGGGCUCAAGGAUGUUAAUACGGGUGUGAAAGACAACAUGAUGCAAAGCUUCUUUCUUGCGGAAACACUGAAAUAUCUGUAUCUUUUAUUUUCGCCUCCGUCAGUUAUAUCAUUGGACGAGUGGGUGUUUAACACAGAAGCACACCCUCUGAAAAUCGUUCCUCGUUUUGCUCCUGGGGAGGAACAAAAACCUCGUAUUAGAGUACGCACUAGGAAAGAAGGUCGUUUUCGGGGGUUUAGUAACUCUGCUAAUCCGUGAUAUGUUCCAUAUCCCCAUUCUUGAUAUAUAUAUAUAUGUAUGUGUGUGUUGCUUGUUGUGAUGUUUGGCUGGCUGGUUGUUCUACAUUCUAAUAACUUGGUAGGUAAGUAGUUGAGAUUUUUGGCCCAGUUAAUUCAUAGAUUCAUGAAAAAUGUAUAUUGGACAUUACUUUUAGACAAAGGAAUGAUGAUGCCAUCUGAGUUUUUACAGAGGUUAGAUAAAA